AGCUGAACAGCUGUUUGCAAUGCAGAUAAACAUAACUGUUGCUUGUGUUGUUGCAAACAAAGGAAACAAAAAUUUUUCUAAAGCGCACUGUGAAAAUAUGAAAAAAAAAUCUGCAGUAAGAGACACGCCCACAACAGCUAGCUAAUUUUACGUACAUGAUGAACAGCGUCCAGGCACGUAAUAAGAUAUUCAAAAGCUGGUCAGGCAUCAGCGAGGUGUCCAUCAUCAAGGAGGUGGCCACCAAGGGCGAGCACAUAGAAUUAUGCAUCGAAUAUUGGGCUGGCAAACGAAAGAUAGCAAUACCCGAGUAUAGACAUUACUUUCACGAUGUCGUGCAGGCGUAUGUGCAACGUCUGCUCUCCGAGCGACUGGUGUGCAAGGCGGAAAACGUGCUGCACAAUGUGGAGCGCGAUGUGAAAUGCUUCUUCUAUCAAUAUGCCUGCGAGUGCGACGAUGCGGAUCUCAGUGAAUUUGUGCUGGACCAUUUGCGCUGCCGUGAGCCGCAGCUGUACGAGCAGGAGCAACCAGUGCUGGAUUACUACUGGCGCCUGGUGCAACAGGUGCGCGAGUGCAGCGAGCUGCAGGCCAAGCAUCAGGACCUGUUGCCACGUGUCCACAUCGAAGCAUUGAUGAAGCUGCCGGAGCAAGUGCUGCAGCAGCUUCUAGUGGAACUCUACUUUGCCAAUGGCAAUGAAACGCUGCUGCCGGAGCUCAAUAAACAGCUCGUUUGGCAGCAUCUCGUCGCUGCCGGAGCGCAGCAUCAGCUGCGUCGCUGGUGCUUGUGCGAGCAGCUAAAAGAUGGGCGUGACCAGCUGCCGCCACUGGAGCAAGCCUUUGCCAUGUGGCAAAUCGAUGCAGCCAUGUACGAAUAUGCCUUGGUCCAUCUGAAAGAGCCUUGCGAGCGACUGCGCAAUCAUUUCGCCAGCGCUGGCUACUUCUUUCCAGCUGAGGCCUCCGAUAUGUCGACGCUGCUGCGUCGCCUGUGCACCAUGCAGUGCCUGGAGCAGCAGCAGCCGCUGCUCAGCCAACUGCCAUUGGCCAAACAUAUGCUGCAGCGUGGCUAUCAUACGCUGCUGCUGCUGAAGUGUGUGCCCAUCUCGUCGCUGGAGCAGCAGCUGGUGGGCGAGGAUGAGCCGCUGCUCAGCUUGCUCAUCGAUCUCAAGACGCACGAGCUGACGGACCGCAAUGGCUUCGAGCUGAUCUCGCAGAGCGUUCAAUCUUACUUGGAGCGCACGCAUCACGCUGCAGACUCUUUGCAGGAGCAGCCGCUGCUGACCUUCUUCGAUUUCCUCUGCCACGAGCCGACUGUGCGCUCCCUGGAAGGCUUUCUCUCAUCCAGCAACUUGCGUCGCGUGCCCUAUUUGAACUCGCUGAUGCAGCGCUUUGAGCGCCAUGCCACCAACAGCUGCAGCGCCCUACCCACUGCCCAUGAGCUCUUCCACAAGUUCAAGCAGGUGAAUCUGGCUGCCGCACCCGGCGAGCUGGUCAGCUUCUCCAAUGCCAGGCUGAGCCAGCGCUACGCGCGCAAGGCCCAGCUGAACUACACGCAUUACCUGAAGCAGCAGCGGAGCGCCUAUGCUGUGUACUAUUUGAUCAUGGAGCAGCUGCAGCUGUACGGCCAGAUCACACGCACUCAGCUGUUCCAUGCGUGUGAGACGGCAACGCAGCUGGCGCUGCAGCACGCUGGCGAUGAGGAGCUGGUGACGCACUGCGUCGCUUGCUGUGAAAUGUUGGAUUUCGAUACGCAAACGUUGCGCAGCUAUUUGCACUUGCAGCGCCAGCUGCCGCCAGCCGUGGCAUGUGGCAGCUACACGCUGCAGCUGGAGCAAUGGGAUCAGGCUUUGGUGCAGCAGCUGCUGCAUCAGCCCGAGCACUUUCCGCUCGAAUCCUACCAAGCUCUAAUGCGUUUGGCGGCGCGCAAUGUCCAGGGCAAAUGGCCAGCGGCUAUGCUGCAGCAUUUUGCGGAACACAACGACUGGUGGCAGCUGCUGCUGCUCUUCCAGUACUUUGAGCUGCCCCUGACCGAGCUGAGGCAACUGCUGCCCCACUUCAAGUGCAAGUCUUUGGGCAUUCACCUGUUGCGCGCGCUCAGCUACGAUGGCAGCCAUGAGAGGCAACACAAGCGCGCAGCCAAUCGACGCGGCGAUGGGCAAACCAAUUCCUCACAAGAAACGAUGACGAACUCCUCGCAUAGCUCCGGCCUGGACGCCAAUCUGCAGCAGCUGCAGCAUGUCAACGGGCAAUCCCUGUGCGACCUGCUCACGCACAAUGCCCAGCCGGAUCUGUUUGCCCUGGUGCUCUGCAGCAGCAAUAGCUUGCCAGAGGAAGCCAUCAGCAGCCUGGCGCGACUUGCGGAGCUCAUGCAGAGCAGCGCCAAUCACUGCAGCAGCAUCAAUCUGCUCAAGCACUGCGUGAGGCAGCAAAUGCCAGUGUUGGCUGUGCUGGCAUCCACGUGGGGCGAGCACAAUCGCGACUGGUGCUGGCUGCUGUGGCUGGCCGUGGCCAGCGGCCAGUGGCAGCAGCUGCUCCAGCAGCUCAGCAGGGCCAAGGAGCCGCUGCAGCAAACCGAACUGAUUUGGUCUGUCAUAAGAGGCGCCGUCAAGGCGGGUCAGCUGAACGCGCUGCUGCACAGCUUCUGCAUCUUUCAGCCAGACUGCUCCUUUCUGCACCUUUGUCGCUUUCUGCAGCUGACUGGGCAACGGCAGGACUUCAGCGAUUCAACUAUUGUGGAGCUGCGUCAAUUCUUUUGCAAUUGCAGCCAGGACGCAGUGCAGCUGCCGCUGUGUGAGCCGCUGGCACGCAAACAGCUGAUGCAACGCUGCAUUGGCUUGCUCCUGUUGCAGCUGGAGUGCAACUUCGACUGCAUUCAGCAGCAGCAAAAGUUUCUCGACUGCAUUUGCCGCUCGGAUGUGGGCGACAUUUGCGAUCUGUUGGACUUUUGUCUGCUGCAUCGCAUCUUUGGCGUCGCCGCGCCCUGGCUGGGCCAGCUGGGCAUCGACUACGAGCAGCUGGUGCGGCGGGACAGCCUGGAGUAUAAACGUCUGGUGGAUGCCCUGACCGAGGCCAAGGCCUAUGACCAGGCGCUGCAGCUGGCGACGUUGUUGCAGCUGCCGCUGGCCGACAUCGUCUACGCCAAGUGGCUGGCCGAGCUAGAGGCGGGCCAACUACGUCUGCACGAACAGUACGAGCAGGAGAUCGAGCAGCACGCCCUGCCGCCAGCCAUAUUGGUGAACUUCCUCCUGCAAGCUGCUGCCCAGCAGCAGCCGGACACACAGCUGCGCCGUCGCUACGAGCUGCUGCAGAGCUCGCUGGGCGUCAUCAAGCAGCACCAUUUGUUUCCCAACGAAUGCUUCGACAGGGAUCAGAUAGAGUACGACAUGGUCAUAUGCUAUCUGCAGCUGGACGCGGAGCAGCUCGAGAGCGUCGAGCUCUAUCAUUCCGAAUACUUUGAGCAGAUUAUGCGACAAGAGCGCUGCGUGCUCUACAAAUCCUUCUCGGAGCUGAAGGAAUUGGCUGGCAUCGAUGACCUGAGCAUAGCCAACAAAUCCCACCUGACCGCUGAGAUGGAGCAGCGCUUGAUUGACCUACUCAAUCUGCUCUUGGACGAAGGUGAUAUCGUGGAGGCGCUGCGGCUGCAGGAACUCUUUGAGUUUCGACCCAACGAUUUGCGUUUCAUUGUCUUUGCCAUGGCCCUGGCCGAGGGCGUCACGAGCAUCGCAAAUCUGUCCAACAAGGAGCGUCAGCUGCUGAGCGACAUCGAAAAGAGCGCCUUUCCCAAAUUCAAUCGUUUGACGCUCAAUCAGAGUCCCAUGAAUCGAUGCAGCAGCGACCUUUCGGAUAGCUACUCCACGCUCGAGUUCGAGGAGAUUCCAUCGAAGGAGAAGCAGGAGACGUUGGACACGCUCCUGGGCAUUGGCUCCAAGCUGAAGCAUGGCGUCGAGCUCGGUCGCCGCAUCGUCUUGGCCUAUCGCACCGCCAUGUACCUGGACAAGGAGUACUUGGACGUGCUGCGCACCAAGGACGUGAGUGUGCUGCUCAAGAGCGCCGCCGAGGAGGAGUGUCUGCAGCGUCUGCUAGUCGUCAGCGACAUACACAUAUCCACAAGAUUGACCCACCAGGAAAUAGCUGAGUCGCUGGCUCUGGAGCUAACCACCUGCAUUCUGCGGCCACGCUUCUACAUAUUCCAUGCCAGUCAGCAGCCACGCAAUGCGCCACGCAACGCUGAUCUUUGGGGUCAUAAUAUAGAUAGAGAUUUCCACCUAUUCCUGGAGCUAACUCCGAGUACCACGCUGCUGGGCAAUUGCCUGCUGGACUACUGUGAUGCACUGAAGGCGUAUAGACGCUAUCAGGAUAACAAGCCGUAUGUGCAGAGCAAGGCAUUCGAGCUGCUCUCCGGCAUUAUAACACUCUAUGGACUGCCGCUGAGUCUCAAUACCGUCAGCUCCUCGGGCAUACCCCAAGUCCUCUCGCACAAGAAGCAGAAUCAGAUCUACGUUGAGCUAUUGAUCAAGGCACACUUGUGCUUUGUCCACGAGUGCUCCAUGGAGGGCAUUGCCAGCGUGCUGGAGCGUGCCAAACAGCUCAAUGGACAAUUGACCAAGGCCAAGUCGUGGUCGCUAAUCGUUCGCCUGCUCAUCGGCAUUGCGCGCUACAGAGAGAUGUUCUACUGCUUCGAUGCUCUGAUCGAAAACGAGCAAUUCGAGUCGCUGCUCGGACAGUUCGAUGAGGAUCAGAAGAGCGGACUGCGCCAGGCGAUACUCUGCUAUCUGCGCGAAUAUAAUCCCAAGAAUGGCAAGGAGCUGCUGCGCCUGGCUGCUCAUCAUUUUCUCAUGUACAAAGAGCUGGCGGAAAUGUGGUCGAACGAGGCGCAGCUGAUCCUGGAGCGAGUGCGAAACUCAGCGGCUGUCGGCUCAGCCGAACUCAAGUGCAGCCACGAGCUGCAGCAGCAGCUGCAGCAAGCACUCGAGAACUACACGCACGCCACCGAAAACUAUUUGCUGGACAACAAACUAAUACUGGCACAGCAGAGCGUUGCACGUGCCGAGCUGAUGGCCAUGCAGCUGGAUUUGUGCAACAAGGCAAUGGAGAGAAGAGGCGGAGGCGGCUCUUCUUUACCUCUGUGCAUCAGUGUCAUUGGCGUGCAGACACGUGAUCAAUUCCGCGAGCUGGUCAAUCAACACUUGAGCGUUCCACAAACCCUUAUAUUGAGUCGCGCCUAUGGCUACGAUAUCAACUGGAGUGAAGCAUUGUUAACACAAUUUGUGCUGCUGCAAAGGGCGAAUUAUCUGCAGCAAUAUCUCAGUCACCAGCGCAUCAAUGACAAUGUCAUUGAGCAGGUGGUCAAGAGCUACAUAUUGCACACGCAAAGCAAUCCAACAAAUGCCAAAUAUGAAUUAUCUCUAGCUCAUUUAGUGGAGCUUAUUCGUUCCGUUACUUUAAAAUAUAAAUUGGCCUCGAUUUUGGGUUUGAAAGCGAUUGUUAUGUCGCUUAUAAAUGAUUCCACGGUGCACUAUUUGCGCGACACGAACUUUGGGCGCAAUGAGCUGCAUAACGCAACGAAUAUGUGACACACUUUAUGUGAUUUUAACACUUUAUUUUAUAUAAACGAACUGAUUGUAAAUUACCUUAUAUUAAACGCACACAAAAAAUCAACAAGGCGCGAAGAGCGCAGGGUUGUCACUGUUCUAAAUACA